AUGGCGGAAAAUAAUGCUGAACCAACAAUCCGGGAUUUAAUGACACUCAUGAAAAAUGUAAGUGAUCGCCUUGAAUCUGUAGAAAAGAAAAUGGGCGGCAUAGACUCUAUCGAGAAGAAAAUGUGUAACAUGAAGAAAGAUCUGAAUAAACUUUGGGUUGCCCUAGAAGAUCGAGUAAGGAAGGUAGAUGAGCGCGUUACACGUAUUGAGGACAAGGUGGACGGGGCGGACUUUUACGCGGCGCAGCUGUCGGAGUGGGUACAGGAGCUGGAGAAACAGAGGGAUACCCUGCGUGACAACGUAACAUACCUCCAGUCGCAGUCAAUGCGCAAUAAUCUAAUAUUCGCGGGGGUAUCGGAGGACAAUUCGAAUGGAAGUGAGCCACCGGAAACAACAGAGAAGAGGCUUCGCCAGCACCUCCAUGACGCAUGUAAGAUAGCUCGUGACGUUGCGGACUCCAUAAAGUUCGAAAGGGUGCACCGUUCACCGGGUUCACAAAUUUCUGGCAAGGUCAGAAAUAUAGUGGCGAAAUUUACAUAUUUCAAGGACAGAGAGAGCAUUCGAAAGUGCUGGAAAGAGUUAGAUGGGACUGUGCACCGUGUGUUCGAACAAUUUCCACAGGACGUAAUCGAAAAACGGCGUAAAUUAGUGCCUAAGAUGAAGGAGGCAAGGCGACAGGGCCAAAAGGAGCCUCACGUGUUUUCUGUAAAGCUUGGUAUGCGACUGUCACAGGUUAUCGACGUCCCAGAGAAGAACCAGAUAUUGACAACCAACUUAUGGCUUCGCCAAGAAUGGGUGGACCUGCGCCUUCGCUGGAAUCGAGCGAUGUUCCAAGAAAUCGAGAUGACUCAUAUCCCAGCUCGGGAGCUCUGGAUACCGGACAUUGGGCUUUACAACAAUGCGGAUGGUGACUUUGUUAUCACUUUGCUUACCAAAGCAAAGGUCUACAGCACCGGUCUUAUUGUCUGGGAGCCACCGGCAAUCUACAAGACCUACUGCCCAAUCAACGUCGAGUUCUUCCCUUUUGAUCAGCAGGAAUGCUUCAUGAAGUUCGGUGUGUGGACCUACGACGGCCAUGAGGUAGAUCUGCAGCACGUGUUGGAGAAACAGGGGGUGGCGGAAGGUGACCAGAUGGUGAUUCCAAACGGCGUGGACCUUUGUGACUACUACCAGAACGUGGAAUGGGACAUCAUCAAUGUGACCGCCAGGCGCAAGGAGAAGUUCUACCCUUGCUGUCAGGAACCAUUCCCGGAUAUUACGUUCAACAUCACCAUACGCCGGAAAACACUGUUCUACACGAUCAAUCUAAUCAUGCCGUGCAUUUCAAUAUCAUGCCUUACAGUGCUAGUGUUUUAUCUGCCCAGCGACUUCGGAGAGAAGAUCACACUCUCGAUAUCAAUAUUGCUUGCACUUACCGUGUUCUUUCUUCUGUUGUCCGACAUUAAUCCCCCAACAUCCAUUUUCAUUCCGCUUAUUGGGAAGUAUUUACUGUUCACCAUGAUAGCUGUGACCAUGUCCAUAUUCCUGACCGUAUCAACACUAAGCAUCCACUUCCGGUCACCAUCCACUCACACGAUGUCGCCAUGGAUCAUGCGUUUACUGAUGGAGAUUCUGCCAAAGAUCUUGUGCAUGAAACGCCCGCCUGUCAAUAGAAAGCAAAGCGCCUUUCAAACUGUCAAAGACAGGGAAGUCAGAGAUGCAAAUCUCGACACAGCCAAAGUAUUCAUGAACUGGCAGCGACAAACGGACAUGUUGCGCCACAGAAUAUCUUCGGAAAGUUCAGAAGCCUUUUCCACAUAUCCGCCAGAAAUAAGGGAGUCUCUUAAAGGAGUCCGGUAUAUUGCGAAACACAAGAAGACUGCGGACGAUGCAAAAUUGGUUCGCCAAAGCAGCACACUUUAUAAGAAUGACUAUGAUUUAAAACGUGACUGGAACUACGUCGCUAUGGUGAUGGACCGCCUCUUUCUGUACAUCUUCACAACUGCGUGCGUCUGUGGAACCAUCGGCAUCUUUCUAAACGCGCCAUCUCUGUACGACCCCUGGGAAGCCAUGACAAGAGACAACUUUAACUGCUCAAAAAGAUGGGCAGCGUUGGUUUAGGUUUUGACUGGUCUUUUUUCAUUACAAUGAACUGUUGG